AUGUCUUUCUUGACAGACGCGGCUGCCAUGAUCUCAUCUCCUCCCGUUCGUCAGGAUGCGGACAGACGCGAAGCACCUUCAUUCUCAUUCAAUGUGCUUCCAUUGGAGUGCCGACAACAGAUUCUAUGCGACCUUCCAGACACUGAAUCGCUCAAAUCCGCCAUACUAAGCCAUUCUUCUUUGUACUCGGCCUUUUACAAUCACAAGACUCCGAUCAUAUUGCAAAUUAUCCAACGUCACAUACCCAGAGACCUACUCGCAUACGCUGUCCUGUGUUCCCAUGCACGGAAUAUCGAACCAUGGACGAGGGCAAAGGUUCUAGAUAUACUGGACCUGUACUUCAACCGUCGCCUGGUCGAGUCAUUCAAAUGGACUAUUCGAGCAGCUCUGGAUCUGGUGAAAUUCCACGAAAGCGUGGCCUUUUUCGCAGACGACUACAUCGACAACGCCCUGGGUCUCGUGGCACCCUUAAACUUUCCAAUCCACGCACCCUCCGAGACUGAAUGGUGCCGUGUCGCUCGGGUAUUCUACCUACAGGAGACGAUCGGCCAUCUCUUCUGCUUUCGAAACCGAGGAGAGCGCUGGAUUACUGGCGGCAUCAACUACGCACGUCCAUCCCCGUCCGAAUUCCAGCAUCGGGAAAAGUUUGACAUAUUCUUCGGCAAGCACGCGCCCUGGGAGAUGGAACAAAUCGGCGCGGUUAAUGAGUACUUGUACUGGAGAAUCUCACCAGCCUUUAACAACAUCGCAGCACACGACGUCGAGUUGGGUUACUAUACCGUCUAUUUCUCCGACAACGAGACAUGGGAAGCUUUCAUGGGAAGCCAACACAAGAGGGGAUUUCUGCUGAAAGGAUUGACGGCCCUUCAUCGAUUUGUCAUAAGAGCCAACCACCACAGCCGCAUCGAGCUUAUCUCAGUUCGAAACUCCCGCUGCUCGAACUGGCUCCUAGUAAAUGAACUGGAAUUCUUGCAGAGAUUCGCCGUGGGCCCCCUUGGAGCUAUGUUCUACAGAGACCUCACAGCUGAGCAAAUUGACGAGGUUGUGAGAAAGCCGUUUGCAUACGAGAGCGACUGUGGCCCCCAGCAAGCAUGGCAAUGGGCCCACAACGAUGCUCGGUGCUAUCAAAUCAUUUGCGACAAGGAGCAUCGUGAGCUCCGACGGUUUGGGUAUGUCAUGUGGGACAGCCAGCGUCUCGAAAAGUGGAGAGAUCUGGGAGGUCCUUUCCAGGUACCGCAGCAAGACGACGAUAUUCGGGCGGGCAGACGCUGGAUGGCUAUGUGGCCGUUGAUCGAAAAAAGGCGAAAGAUGUACGAACAUGGGGCGCGGGGUUGGUGGGACGGGGAAAAUGGGGAAGAAAUAAGAUGGAUUCAUGGGGAGAAAUUACCAGAGACCCAGCGGAGAUUGUUGCAGUAG